AUGGCGUCGAGAGGGAUCAAGUGGUCACACUUUUACUUGAUCCUUCUCGGCCUCUCGGUGGUAAACGCUAUCUUCGUCCCUUGGGUUUUCAGGGGGAGUGAGAAGGACAGUCCCAUCCCCGUGGCGGCCCAGAUUGGGGGUAGUGCUAUGUCGAAGGGAGAGGUUUUGAAGAAGAGUCUGAAGAAUAAGUAUGCCUUAUUAACGUCGCUGUUUAUCUUCGCGUACCAGGGAGCUGAAGUUGCAAUUGGUGGCUGGACCGUGUCCUUCCUGAUCGCAUCAAGAAACGGAGAUCCUGCUGAAGUUGGUUAUGUCGUCUCCGGUUUUUGGGCAGGCAUCACACUCGGCCGCUUCGCCCUCUCCCCCGUGUGCCACCGCUUUGGCGAAAAGCGAUCAGUCUAUUGCCUUAUUCUUGGCUCGGCGCUCUUCCAGGUCCUCGUCUGGACGGUUCCCAGCAUCAUAUCCAAUGCCGUGUUCGUCACCAUCGUCGGGAUCCUUUUGGGGCCCAUAUAUCCGUGCACCAUGACGAUCGUCACACGGCUGAUCGAUAGCCACUUACUUGUCACCUCGCUAUCGCUCAUAUCCGCUAUUGGAUCAUCCGGCGGUGCGGUUGCGCCAUUCACGACGGGACUGUUGGCGAGUCGCUUUGGGGCGUGGGUGCUCCAUCCGGUCAGUAUUGCGCUGUUUGUCUUUAUGGAGGGUAUUUGGUGGACGUUGCCGACGGUUAGAAAACGGUCAGAGUAG